AUAUAUUCGUUUAUCUCGUCUGUUCCUUUACAAGUAAACUCCAAACAAACAAUUAUGCGGCAAAAGCAUCUGUAUGCAUAACUAUCUCUCUCUUGGCUCAUGGCUUCAUCAAGAGCCUACCAAUUUGGCUUACAGAAAAGAGUCUUGGCGAUGCUCAUCAUUGUUUUCAUAAUGUUUUCUUCCGAAUCAGCUGGGUCGACACAGUAUUUAAGAGGAAGCGAAGGUGAGAAGAAGAAGCAAACGAAUAAGGUGGUGGGUUCAAGGCCUCCAGCGUGUGUUAACAAGUGCUUGAAUUGUAAACCUUGUGUGGCUACUUUAGUUGUACCUCCCCACCCUAAACCCCGAAUUAAAGCACCAUCUGAAGAAGAUGAAGACUAUUAUCUGCUCUCCUGGAAAUGCAGAUGUGGGAACAAGCUGUUUCAUCCAUGAAAUAUUUUAUAUAUGUACAGGUCGCUUGGUAGGGUUAGACUUUAGAGACUUGAGUCUAUUAGCAUGCUCAUUAUCAUCUUGAUGAACCGAGUGUAGGAACCCUUUCUUGGCAAUCAAGCUUCUGUCUCGAACAAUUCAAUUCUUCAUUAAAUUAUUUGGUGUCCAUUGAUAUUAA